UGGUGCACUGCUUUGUUGUUACGUGACAGAAGUAACUUUCAAGGCACGCAAACGCAGCAGUGUCUCGUGAUGGGGGCGGUUUGGCGUCAGUCUUUCCCGUCUGGAGUCUGACGCACUCCGACAGCCAAUAAGCUCAUGUAGCACUUCGGCGCCCGAGCCCGCUGUGGAGGCAGGAUUUCUUCAAAUAAAGAUGGCAGAUGUUGUCGAAGGAGACGGUAGUCGCUCCGCUGGCCCUUCCACGCUUCACUCGGCGGCUCGCAACGGCUCCGGCACGAGCUCAGGAACGUGCGCCGGCGGCCUCGUCGCGACCACGGUCACCUCCGGGCCUCGGUUGGUCCGCAUCGUCAAGUCGGACUCGGGCUAUGGCUUCAAUGUCCGCGGGCAAGUAAGCGAAGGAGGGCAGCUGAGGAGCAUCAACGGCGAACUUUACGCCCCGCUGCAGCACGUCAGCGCCGUGUUACCGGGCGGCGCGGCAGACCGAGCCGGAAUCGCAAAAGGCGACCGUAUUCUUGAAGUAAAUGGAGUGAAUGUGGAAGGGGCCACUCAUAAGCAGGUGGUAGAUCUCAUCCGAGCAGGAGAGAAAGAGUUAGUCUUGGCUGUCCUGUCGGUUCCUCAGCCAGAGACGGACGGCCUUGAUCCCGGGGACGAUGGCUCAUCGCAGUCCUGCUAUGACUACAGUGACAAGCAGGCCGUGCCCAUAUCCGUGCCCACCUACAAACAUGUGGAACAGAACGGAGAGAAGUUUGUGGUCUACAAUGUGUACAUGGCAGGCAGGCAGUUGUGCUCAAAGCGUUAUCGGGAGUUUGCCAUCUUGCAUCAGAAUCUGAGGAGGGAAUUUGCCAACUUUGCAUUUCCCAAGCUGCCAGGGAAAUGGCCUUUCUCUCUGUCUGAGCAACAGCUAGACGCUCGCAGACGAGGGCUGGAGGAAUACUUGGAGAAAGUGUGUUCUGUUCGGGUAAUCGGAGAGAGCGACAUCAUGCAGGAGUUUUUGUCGGAGUCUGAUGAGAAUUAUAAUGGUGUUUCUGAUGUGGAGCUAAGGAUAGCCAUGCCAGACAAAACUACAGUUACCAUCCGGGUGCGAAAGAAUUGCACAACAGACCAAGUCUACCAGGCUGUUGUAACAAAAAUUGGGAUGGACAGCAUUACUGCAAGUUAUUUUGCCCUGUUUGAAGUCAUUAACCACUCCUUUGCACGCAAGCUGGCCCCUAAUGAGUUUCCACAUAAGCUGUAUGUGCAGAACUAUACGUCUGCCGUCCCAGGCACCUGCCUCAUGCUUCGCAAGUGGCUCUUCACCACAGAAGAAGAGAUUCUACUCAAUGAUAAUGAGCUGGCCAUCAACUAUUGCUUUCAUCAGGCUCUGGAUGAUGUGAAAAAGGGAUUCAUCAAAGUGGGAGAGAAAUCCUACCAGCUCCAAAAGCUCACCGAACAGAGGAAAAUGACCAUGUAUUUAAGUAUUCUGAGGACUUGUGAGGGCUACAAUGAGAUCACUUUCCCACACUGCUCCUGUGACUCGCGUAGGAAAGGUCACGUGGUCACUGCGAUAAGCAUCCGCCACUUUAAACUCCAUGCGUGCACCGAGGAUGGCACUCUAGAGAAUCAGGUGAUAGCUUUUGAAUGGUCCGAGAUGCAGAGAUGGGACACGGAUGAAGAGGGAAUGGCUUUCUGUUUCGAGUAUGCGCGAGGGGAGAAGAAACCUCGCUGGGUCAAAAUCUUCACUCCAUAUUUCAACUACAUGCACGAGUGCUUCGAGAGAGUCUUCUGUGAGCUCAAAUGGAGAAAAGAGGUUGAAGAGGAGGCCACGGACCAGGACAAUAAGAACUGCAGUAAAGAUGGUAUGUGCGGUAAGAAUAUCUUCCAACUGUUGAGACACAGAAGGGAUGGAGGCACAUGAAUGAAGAGAUCAUCUCCUCUUGAAUUCUCAAAUACACGCACACGUACACUAAAAACUGCAUACAGAGACUCAGAAAACAUUUCAGACCAGUCCCAUAUGCUUAUCCACUACUGAUACACACUUACUGAAAUAAGAAGAUAUGAAGCAGGAAAUGACACAAACACAGUACAACUACAAAAGACUUUUUAGAGACUUACGCCAUCAUUUCACUGGAUUGGACAGAUUUAUGUUGGACGUACUGACCGCCAGCUCGGGACGGGAGAGACGACAACGAAAGACUAUAAUGCUCCAGUAGACAGACGUGGUGAAGUGAUGUCUGAUGAACGCACCCUGGUCGUUGACAUGGCACCAGCAUUGUGACUAAUUCAUGUCAUGUGACUGGUCAGAUGCAGACAACUGAGAGACUGAACUGUGCAAUUUAAAGACAUGGAAACGUUGGCGGUCUGACUAAUGCAUCAUCCUGACACUAACACAUGCACCUGCGAGGGCAGAGAUGCUCUCUCAGAAUGUAUCUAUAAAAAAAAAAAAAAAAGCAAAAACCAUUACUACAUUUUCCACUUGGA